AUGUCGCUCUGGAAGCUCGGUGCACAAGAUGUCACCGAAGAAGCGCAGGCAAUUAAGGACCAUAUAUCAAGCAAGGCUCAAGAAACGAAGUUAAUGCGACAAGCCGCUCAACUCGAUGAAAUACAGACGGCAUUAAACGAAGCUCUACAUAAACUGAGCCAAGAAACGGAGCGCGCCAUACGCUUCGAAACGAAUUUCCUCCAAACAUCUGAAGACCUACGCAGGGAGAAGCUAGCCACCCAGAACAUGGAACGCACACUUGUAUCAACACAAGAGAAGAUGAAGUCGAAGGAGCUCGAAGCACGCGAGCUAGAGUCUAUAAUCCAAACCCUCUCCCACAAGUCAGACACCACCACUACGCAACGGACGAAACUGGAGAAGGAGAAGGCGAUGCUCGAGGCGCGUGUGAGGGAGCUCGAGUCGAGUAAUCGCGAACUCAGCCAGGCGCCACCAACAACGACGCCAGGUCGCAUACCCCGUCGACGUUCGUCCUCGGUCUCCAGCGCAAGGAUACCCGGGUUAGAGCAGGAGUUGCAGAGUCUGCGGGCGGAAGCAUCAACGAAGGACAGGGAACUGGAGAGUGCGGUGCAGAAGCUGGCGCGUGCACAGGAGGCGUUGGUGAAAUGCGAGAACGAGAAGAUGGCUGUGGAGAAGCGGGCGAGCAAGGAGAUAGCUGAGAUACGCGGGGAGCUGGAGGAGAAGGAUGAGGAGAUUCGAUAUAUGCAGGAACAGAUGGGCGACGAGUCGAGGGAGGCGCAGUUGAUGGCACGGAUUGAGGAGGAUGAGGCGAAGAUCGCUGCGAUGGAGCAGUCAUUGAGGAGCGCAUCUAAUAAAGACGUGGAGAUACUGAGGCUGAAGAGAGUUGAAGUGCAGUUCUUCAUUACGUGUCGGGAGAUGACUGCAAAGCACCUGGAGUUAGUAGCCGAGAAGGAUUCGGCGCUGAAUGACCUCGAGGCAGCUCGCGCUCAAGUCCAACAACUCUCGAGUCGUACCAGCGAGCAGGAAACGCGUAUUAACGAGCUUAUCAACGAAACAAUUGACCUCCGCCAGCGAUUGGAUGUUACACCCUCCACCGGCGACGACAACACACCAGCCCAUGUCGAACGACUACUAGGAGCCAUUGACCGUCUGCGAGGUGAACGAGACGACCUCCGACGCGAUCUCGAAUACGUCGAAAUGGAAUCAAAGUACUCUAUUGAAGCAUUGGAGGCCCAAUUAGCACAAGCCGCCGCAGCAACUCAACCGUCUGCCCCUCAAGAAAACUCAACCUCAAGUACUCUCCUCGACGAACAGCGACAAGAAAUAUGCCGCCUUAGGAAGACGUCUGCCGUACUGACCAUCACCAUCGCGCAACUCCAGAAAGACAUCGAGUCGAAUGCAAUCACCCGCGAACAACUGCAAGAACAGCUUCAAAGCAAGGAUGCUAUGCUUGCCGACCUCGAAAGCAAGCUGCUUGCUUCGACUCAAGCAUCUCAAGCAUUCGAAGCCGAACGGGAUGAACUACUCCGCCAAUCCGAACAGCAGAACCAGGAUUGGAGUAAGACUUUCGAAGAACUCAAGUCGUCUAAGGCCAAGGUCCAAGAAUCUUUGGAAGAAGUUCAAGCCCGGCUGGAUGAUAUCACCCAAUCUCUUGAAGAUACCGAAUCUGAGCGUGAUUCCCUCAGGCUUCAAGUCACCAACCUCAAUCGCGACCUCAUUGCUGCCCAGGAAGAACUUGAAGAAUCCGAAGGCCGAUAUAGCAACCUCCAACACCACCAGCUCGAUGCCAUGACGGACAACGAGGCCACCCGCGCGUUGCGCGAUCAGGUGCACGAGUUGGAAGGGCGGGUGAUGAGGCGGACGGAGCAAAUUGGGGUACAUCAGCACGAUAUCAAGCGUCUGGAGACGAAUUUGCUGUUGCAUGAGGAAAGACUGACGGAGAUGACGAUGGAGAUGGAGACGUUGGCUGCGCAGAAGGAUGCUAUGGUUGAAGACUGCGCUUCUGCGAGGGAGGCAAGAGAUGAGUCCCUUGUGCGCAUCGAACAACUGGAGGUUGAGGUGGAGCGAUUGGAGAGUCAGGCUGAGCAAACUGAAGGCACGGUUGUCGAGCUCAUCGCCGUUAUUGUGGACACAGUUGCCAGGUCGCGGGCUGCCAUUAAGGCCUCUGAGGCUUUUGGCCAGCAGACCAACAACCAACUCGCGGCACGUCUAGAGUUGAAGGACGGAGAACUCCAGGAACUCGCAUCCCUUCACAAGUGCACAGUCGCGCAGCUCGAGGAGAAGAUCGAAUCGCUGCGACAACUCGAGGAUGACGCGUCUACUUCAAGGGAAGACAUCCGGAGCCUGGGCGUAGCUCUCGCUAUCUCACGAAGUGAGGGAUCUAGAGUCGUCAAUGUUAUGAAGGCCUUGCACGACGCGCGCUCGCAACUUACAGCGGAAACUAGCGUUCUUCGCGACCAAUGUGAGGCUUCCCUCGAAGAGAACAAGACUCUCACCUCACGCCUUUCUGACUUGCAAGCACAAUUCGACGCUCUUGACUCAAACUCGACUUCGGAACGAGCAGCCUUACAGCAGAAGAUCGAUGCUCUUGUCACCUCCUUGGAUGACGCGAAGACCGCUCACCAUGUCAUUGUCGACAAACUUCACAAUGAGAAGGCCGAACUGGAGCAGCGUCUCUCCGACGCCGUGGUGGCGAGCAAAGCUACUGAAGGAGCGCAAGUGAGCGAACUCAGCGCCAGAUGCGAAGAGCUGCGUGGACAACUCCAAGAAGUGCAAAAGGCCCUAGAUGAAGCCACCGCAGAAAUCAAGACCAAGCAACUUUCCCUCGAGACGGUCGCAAAUGAACGCAUUUCCCUCCAAACGCAACUCGACGACGUGACCAGACUUUCGGACGAACGUCAUGCUAGUCAAGUCGCUCUUGAGCAACUCAAUAGCGAUCAUGUGGCGAAGAUCUCGGAUCUUGAGGCUAAGCUUGAGUCAGCGACAUUCGAGUUGACAAAGCAGCAAGAAGAGAUGCAAGCCCUUCGCUCCCAGACCGAAGCUCAAGUCGAACGUGUUCGCCAAGAGUUAGAGAAAUGUCUUCAGGACGAACAAGCUCUUUCUGCCACGCUGCACACUGAGCUUGAUGAUCAGGCGAAGCAACUCGAUGAGUGCUCUGUGAAGAUUCGCAAUCUCGAGCAGCGACUACAGGCCGAGAUUUACACUCGAGACCAAGAAGCGAAUGUCCACCAAGAGGCUAUUGCCUUGGUGGAGGCAGACAAGACGGAGGUCGAUGCCCUUCUGGCCGACGCACGUCAUCAACUUGAAAGUACCAAAUCCGAGCUCGCUAUGACGAAUGGUACCUUAGAAACUUUGCAAGCGGAGAAAGAGUCCCUUCUCAUUGAAAUCACCACUUUGGGUGCCGAAGUCCAGAAACAGUUAUCAAUGCAUCGAUACAUGGAAAGUCAAGCUAAAGAAAGCGAACGAUCCAUUUCCUCCCUUACUGCAUCCGUUCAGCAGCUUCGCGAUGAUCUUUCUCAAGCAGAAAAGGCCGCUCAGACAUCCGAAUUGAACCUCAGCCUUCAGGGCGUGCAGCACAAACGGGAGAUGGCUGAGAUGCAGCGGCGAAUUGCAGCAUUACAAUCAAAGCCUAAUCUGGACUCCGUCGUCCAUGAGUUGGAAGAGCGGAACAAUGAGAUGGAAGAACUUCUGCGAGCUAAAUGUGCGGAGAUUGAGGAAAAUGACGACCGUGUCCUUGAGAUGUUGAAGGAUAACAAGAAGCUAAACAGCAAAGUGGAAGCUCUGACUCGCAAGGUUAACAACUUGCAGGCGAAGCUUGCUGCCGCGAAGGCGACUCAGCCACAAGCUACGGCCGAACCCGCUUCAACUACACCACCGAAUAUUAGCCCUAAAGAAAAUGGCCUUGCAUCCAGCGUUCGCGGCAAACCACCCCUUGCUAGCUCGUCGACUCCCAUGGAAACUCGCGAGCUAGCCUCUACACUUCCACGCGCAAAGACACCUGAACGCCAGCAAAACCCACUGCCCAUAUUCAAAGCGAGAACACCCGAGAGACCAUCCCCACCUGUAUCGACCGAAGCGUCUUCCUCCUCCGCUGGAAAGAAACGUCGAGCACCAGACGACUUCGAUAUUUGCGAAAAUGUACCGCCUCAAGUAUUCACGGCGGACAGCCUUCCAAGCGAAGAGCCAGAGAGUCGUACACCUCGCACAACAAGCCGCAAGCCGCUCGAACUUAUCACUCGCAUCUCCGAAACGACCAACAACAGGGAAGUCGCCGUCGAAAAGCCCACGACUGAGCUCUAUGCCCGUCAAGCCAUCAAAGAGAAGUUGGCUAGGGAAGAUUAG